AUGGCCAGCUAUCGAUCUCCUACCCCAUCCCCCAAAACUUUAGAGAUGGACACUUCGCUGACCGGGUUCAGGAAUAUUCGCACCAUUGCGCACCUCAACACAUGUUGUGUUCGUGCGGAAAAGAUCAUCGCAAAAUAUGAGCAUGAGCUUGCUUUAGAACGGCAGUCACACCGUGAGACCAACAAAGAAUUGCACGAGACUUCGAAAGUGGCCGAACUUAUAUAUACCGUCAAUCGAAGCCUUGGAGCUGCGGUGGACUACAUCCUGAAAGGGCAAGGGGUGUCGUUGGACGAAUGGGAACCAAAAUCCGUCGAAGCAUUGAUCAAUUCGCUGGUGAAGCAAGCUAAAGCAGGAGAGCGGCCAACUUCAGAGGGAGAGGACGAACCUUUUGCUGGAAGCGUUGAUUCUCGUCCAGUAGAGUUGAGCAGUGCAAACUUGCGUCAAUGA